AUGGAGGUUUUGCUCAAAGACACCAAAGGUGUGUCACCCGAGACUAUCAUCUCUAUCAGAGCAGGCUCCACACGUCGCCAGGUGCCAGUGUCUCUGGCAGACAAGCCAUUUAAGUUCCCAUGUCAGCUAUCGGAGUGUGGUGCCAUCAAGGUCGACUUCAUGACUGUCACAGCAUCGGCACGAGCCAUUCUCCGACCCGAAGGCGAGCAGGAUGUCCAGCUGAAGAUGGUCAAGAGAAGCUCCUCUGAGGAGGCUGUGCCUGAAGAGGCAGAGGUCUCCUUGCUGGUGCGAAGCUCAUCAGGAGAGGGGGCUUCAACAGCAGUGUCCCCGGAGGAACGUGCUGCAAAGAAGCGGGGUUUGGCAAGUGCAACAGAGGAGUAUCUUUCAAAGCAUGGGGUGCUGACCUUCAUUCAGGGCGUGCUGCAAGGUGUCAUCCGAGACAGGCCCGAAGAUCCCUACAAGUACGUUGCGGAUCAGUUUGCAUCGGCCUCCGUCUCCAAGAAGGAGACUCCGACCUUGGAGGAGAUGCGACAGACCGCCCGAGAUGCGCUCCUACAGGGGGCAAAAUCCGGCAAGCUGCUGGAGGUCCUUCGCGAGAGCACAACUCCCAAAGCCUCCAGCCCGAAGGCAAAUGGAGGAGAGGUGGAGGCUUCUGUUGAUGAGCUGCGGCAGCUAGCCAGGGAUGCCUUAUUGAGAGGUGCUCAGUCGGGCAAACUCUUUGACGUGCUGGCUGAGAGCAGCGCCAAGAAAGAGCAAGCACACAAGAAGGCAGACGCAGAUCUAGACAAGUUGCGGCUCCAGGCACGCGACUUGCUUUUGGAAGGCGCGCAGAGUGGGAAGCUGUUGGAGGUCUUGCAAGGCACGCCUCUACAGGAGUCAGCCGAGUCGUCGGACGAUGUGGACAAGUUGCGCCAGCAAGCGCGUGAAGCACUUCUGGAGGGAGCAAAGUCCGGCAAAUUGUUUGAUGUCCUGGCAUCAACGCAGACAGUCGGGCAGGAGGAUGCUGCAGAGGGAGGCAGCAAAGCAGAAGGUAAAGCGGGCGAGGGUGCCGAGAUAGAUGCACUCCGCCAGCAGGCACGCGACUUGCUUUUGGAAGGCGCGCAGAGUGGGAAGCUGUUGGAGGUCUUGCAAGGCACGCCUCUACAGGAGUCAGCCGAGUCGUCAGACGAUGUGGACAAGUUGCGCCAGCAAGCGCGUGAAGCACUUCUGGAGGGAGCAAAGUCCGGCAAAUUGUUUGAUGUCCUGGCAUCAACGCAGACAGUCGGGCAGGAGGAUGCUGCAGAGGGAGGCAGCAAAGCAGAAGGUAAAGCGGGCGAGGGUGCCGAGAUAGAUGCACUCCGCCAGCAGGCACGCGACUUGCUUUUGGAAGGCGCGCAGAGUGGGAAGCUGUUGGAGGUCUUGCAAGGCACGCCUCUACAGGAGUCAGCCGAGUCGUCAGACGAUGUGGACAAGUUGCGCCAGCAAGCGCGUGAAGCACUUCUGGAGGGAGCAAAGUCCGGCAAAUUGUUUGAUGUCCUGGCAUCAACGCAGACAGUCCGGCAGGAGGAUGCUGCAGAGGGAGGCAGCAAAGCAGAAGGUAAAGCGGGCGAGGGGGCCGAGAUAGAUGCACUCCGCCAGCAGGCACGCGACUUGCUUUUGGAAGGCGCGCAGAGUGGGAAGCUGUUGGAGGUCUUGCAAGGCACGCCUCUACAGGAGUCAGCCGAGUCGUCAGACGAUGUGGACAAGUUGCGCCAGCAAGCGCGUGAAGCACUUCUGGAGGGAGCAAAGUCCGGCAAAUUGUUUGAUGUCCUGGCAUCAACGCAGACAGUCGGGCAGGAGGAUGCUGCAGAGGGAGGCAGCAAGCAGAAGGUAAAGCGCGAGACAGAGAUAGAUGCACUCCGCCAGCAGGCCGCGACUUGCUUUUGGAAGGCGCGCAGAGAGUCAGCCGAGUCGUCAGACGAUGUGGACAAGUUGCGCCAGCAAGCGCGUGAAGCACUUCUGGAGGGAGCAAAGUCCGGCAAAUUGUUUGAUGUCCUGGCAUCAACGCAGACAGUCGGGCAGGAGGAUGCUGCAGAGGGAGGCAGCAAAGCAGAAGGUAAAGCGGGCGAGGGUGCCGAGAUAGAUGCACUCCGCCAGCAGGCGCGCGACUUGCUUUUGGAAGGCGCGCAGAGUGGGAAGCUGUUGGAGGUCUUGCAAGGCACGCCUCUACAGGAGUCAGCCGAGUCGUCAGACGAUGUGGACAAGUUGCGCCAGCAAGCGCGUGAAGCACUUCUGGAGGGAGCAAAGUCUGGCAAGCUGUUCGAGGUUUUAUCCACGAAAAGUGACCAGACUGAGCAAUCAGCAUCGCAGCCAGCAAAAAUGCCGUCUGCAGAGGACGACAUGGACGACUUGCGCAGGCAGGCCCCACGAGAGGCCCUUAUCCAGGGUGCCCAGAGUGGAAGGCUGCUAGAGGUCCUGGCGAAGCCGGAUGAGGCAGACGAGAUGUUCCAACUUAAAAAGAAGCUAUGCGAGGCCAUUGCAGGAAGCAUGGAGACGGGAGAGCUCACAGAAGCUUUGAGGGAAGCCCGGGACUUGAAGACACAAGAGAUUGGCGAUGCCUUGCGAGAUGGCGCCGAAUCUGGAAAGAUCCUUGAGAUUCUUGCAGAGAAGGCGGCGGGAACGGGUGGAGAUGAUGCGAAGCCGCUGGAAACGACACAGAAGCCUGAGGAGGUGACCCAGAAACUCUUAGAGACCUCAGAGGCGCCAAAGGCGACCCCCGAGGCAGACAGGGCGACAGCGGUGGACUUGGCUCUCCAGCAUGGGGACUCAGAGAUCUGGUUGCGUCUUGCAGAAGCCGCCGUAUGA